CACUUUAAAAACACCCCCGUCAUAGUAUUUGUUGUCCGAAGCAUUUCUGCCCCAUAUUUUCUCGAGUCAAUCUUCGCCUCAUUUGGCUUUCGGCAGCAUGUCUCCUACAUCGUAUAGUCCUGAAAUAUACCAAGAUGAGGCUGCCCCGGCUUACGAAGAAAGUCUUGACGCUUCUCGAUUUACCAACAGCGAACAGAAGAAGGACAUGUCCCAUUUCGCGCCGUCCCUGUCUUUGGGGAAGCAGUUGGCAGAGACACGAGCUCGGAGAAUUGAGGAUAUGCUGGAGACAUACGUGAAUCCUCUGGUUUUCUCCCUUGGACAGACUGGCUUAUAUAAAACCACAUUCUUGCUUGUCCCCUCAAACGUAACUGUUCUCCAAACAAACCGCAUGUCAACGGAAACGGAGAUUAUCGGUUUCCCAGCCGGGUGCCCUGCAAGCCUGAUUUGGCUUAUCGGCGAAGAGCAUACUCUGGAGUUCUGGAGACAGCCAGCAGUGAUGAAAGAGCUCGAAAGCUGCCUUAAGCAACACUUAAUCGGUACCGGUCACAGUUUGGAAGGUACAAUGGACGAAGCUUCGACCAGAAUAACGGAGAGGCCUGAAGACGACAACAAUAUGCAAAUAUCUACCGCUGCGAAGAAAUCAUUUUGGGGAAAGACGAAUACUAGAUCUAUCAGCCGGAAAGACCAUGGCGACGCGGAAACUAUUCAUUCGAGACCUGAGUUGAGAUGUCAAAAUGCAGGGUACCUGGACAGUGCCGUUCCACCAGGAAAAGUCAGAGUUCAGGUCCAGUUGAAGGACAUAUGUUUACGCGUACAGACAGAGAUGGGAUUAUAUGAUACAAGAAAAGGUCCCGCACUUUGCCUGUCAAUUGAAGUCGGAAGUUAGAUGAUAGUUGAAUA